AACAUUUUAUACAAUUUUAAAGGUUGGCUUUACAAUGAGUUGCUCCUCCAUACCGCCACCCCACACUGUCGCACCCCAUUACGCUAGCCACAGCAGCGCCUCCUCCGCAUCCGUCCGGAUCGGCAAGCGGUGGACAGAGUUCCAAGGCGCCAACAAUUGGGACGGCCUACUCGACCCCCUCCACCCCAUCCUCCGUUCAGAAAUCCUCCGCUACGGCAGCUUCGUACAAGCCGCUUACUCUUCCUGCGACCUAGACCCCACCUCCCCUACUUACGCCUCAUGCCGCUUCCCUAAACACUCUCUCCUCCGUCUCUCCGGUCUCCCUUUCUCCGGCUAUCGUGUCACCCGCAACCUUCACGCCACCUCUGGCUCUCGCCUCCCUCACUGGGCCGCUACGGCUUCCCCUGCUUCCCUCUCCCUGCAGUCCAGCUGGAUAGGCUUCAUUGCCGUCUGCCAUGAUAAACACGAGCUCGCACGCCUAGGCCGCCGCGAGAUCAUCAUCGCCCUUCGUGGCACCGUCACCGCCCUCGAAUGGCUCGACAACUUCCGCGCCACUCUCACCCAUCUUACCCCUUCUUCCAGCCCAACCCAAGUCCGCGACCAACCCGAACCCAAGGUCCAGCGCGGGUUCUGGAGCCUCUUUACAUCCUCCAGCACCGCCCACCACAGCCUCCGCAACCAAAUUCGUGAGGAGAUACGCCGCCUGCUCGACCAAUACGGCUACCACAAAACGAGCAUCACCAUUACAGGACACAGCCUUGGCGCUGCUCUUGCUGUUCUCACUGCCAACGAUUUGUCCGCAAUGCUGGGCCCUUCUGGGCCAAUGGUGACGGUUGUGUCGUUCGGCGGGCCACGGGUCGGCAAUGCAAGCUUCCGGAGGCGGGUGGAAAAGCUGGGGUGCAGGGUGCUUCGAAUUGUGAACACAAGUGAUGUUAUAACCAAGGUGCCGGGUUUUGUGGACGGGAAGGAAAAGGAAGGGGUGAUAAAAAAGUGGCUAAUUUCGAAAACAGGGUGGGUGUACGCCGAUAUUGGACGGGAGCUUCGAGUCAGUGGCAGGCAGAGUGGGAAUGUAGCGGCAUGCCACGACCUGAGCCACUACUUGCAGCUUGUGAACCAGCUUAACGAAGCCCUUCCGACGGUUUUGGAAGAAGAAAGAGUGCAGAGAGGAUUGCGGUGGCCGGGGAUUUUGGCUGGUGAUGUGUUGUGAUUUUUUUGUUGUUCGGAUUUGAGAACGGAUGGUUGAAAUCUACGGGUGUCCGCCGUUUUGUGUUUGUAGGUGUAUAAAUGAUGAA